AUGGCAUAUAAAGGCCGCUCAGUGGGUUUAUCGAACCCUGCCUUUUUUAGAAUUACCAGGAGGGCACAAGACCUACAGAAUGGCCCGGAUGCCAUCGCUCAACUUGAAAAACUAAAGUCAAUCACGGCGGAUGUGUGUGGCGAGCGGCAUUGCUCUGAUAAGUUGAACGCUGCUCCCGUUGAACCUCGUCAAAACCGUGGUCAGGGUGGCCGAGGACAAGGGCGCGGACGCGGACGCGGCGGGCAGAGGAACGGUAACAACAACGGCGGCAACAAUGGUGGCGCUGCCGCUGGUGCAGGUGCAGGUGGUGCUGGCGGUGCUGCUGGUGCUGGUGCUGGUGCUGCUGCAGGCGGUGCUGGUGCUGCUGGUGCAGGUGCAGGUGCUGGCGGUGCUGAUGCUGGUGCUGGCGGUGCUGCUGGUGCUGGUGCUGAUGGAGCUGCGGGUGCGGGUGCUGCUGCUGGAGCUGGUGCAGGCGGCGCUACUGGAGCUGGUGCAGGCGGCGCUACUGGAGCUGAUGCUGGCAACAACAAUGGCGCUAACGCUGGAAAUAACGGCGGCGCUGACAAUGGUGCUGCUGCUGGCGCUGGCAACAACGGUGGCAAUGGCGGCGCGAACAACGGCGGUGCGAACGCUGGCGGCGAUCCCCAAACAUCGUUGACCCUGGACCCGGCUGUUAUCGCUCAAGGCUUUGCCAACGAUGGACAAGACCAACCCGCUGAUGGUCAAGUUGCAUCUUUGACUUCGACCAACAACUUCAUCAACUUUUGCUUGACUGUCAACCAACCCCUGACCAAUGGUGCCCAAGUGGCUGGUGGGUCUUGCAACCCAGCACCAAUGGGGUCAAUCCCGUCCAAGGAAAAGAUGCCAUCGUCGAAGUUCGUCUUCCCCAAGAACCUUGCGACCGUUCCGGCGAACCAGAAGUUCACAAUCCAGAUGGCUAUCAAGAAUCUCGAGACCGGAAACUUUGUUAACGCUCAGCAAAACUAUUUCUCUGCCCCUCAACAACUCAAUGCGCAGGGCCUCAUCCGCGGCCACUCCCAUGUCGUCAUCGAGCAGCUCGAGUCUUUGGAACAGACCACCCCAACCAACCCCGAGGCCUUUGCUUUCUUCAAGGGAUUGAAUGCUGCUGCUCAAGGCGGUAUUCUCACUGCCGAUGUCGAUGCUGGGCUCCCUGCCGGUGUUUACAAGCUUUCUUCUAUCAACACCGCUUCCAACCACCAGCCCGUCCUCGUUCCGGUUGCCCAGCACGGUUCCUUGGAUGACGCUAUCUAUUUCACUGUUGCAUAA